GUUGAGGCCUGCGUUGGAGCCGGCGCGGAGGGGGAUGGGAACGACAGCAGCGGAGCCCUGUAUCACAUUCAGCGGCGUAUGGCCCAUAAUAAACAGUGGCUGUAAAUAUAGAAGACACUAAUGUAACUGGAUUUACUUACCUGGGAUUUAUUAUAAACACUCAAUGGAUGUAGUACACCUGAACAGGACAGGGAAUUUAACUUUUCGACAUUUUUGGGGAAAUGCGGAGAACUUUUUUUCUUGCCUUCUGAAGGGAUCUACUUGUACGGGCAAAGGAUCCAGGAGACUCCGCGGCGGAUUUACGGGCCUACUGGUCUAAGAGGAAUUGAUGGUGGGGUACCCCAAGGACUUAGUUUUGUAAAUGAUUUUGCAUUGUUUGUUGACGUUUGGAAUGCCUCUCUAGGUCCCUGAUGACCGUGAGCCGGGGGCUGCGGCUCAGCGGCGCCCCACCUCUGGAGUGGUCUGUUGCUAUAAUUUGGACAGUGUAAUUCCUCCUCUCCCCACCUUCCCAUCCUGUCCCUUCUCUUCCCCUCCCCCCUUCCCCCCCUCCUCCUCCCCCCUCUCCCACGCGUCGCUGUGCUGGACGUCAUGAGCAUAGUAAUCACGCUGGGAGUCACUACACCUGAAACGUCGUACUCGGAUAUGGCUGCUGGAUCAGACCCUGAGUCAGUGGAAGCGAGCCCUGCAGUGCAUGAAAAGAACUACAACAACCAGAGCUGCGGGAGUGCACAGAAUCAUGCCUAUCAGGGACUACCGUAUGCUAUGCAACAGUCUUCCGUUGUGUGUUGUCAGGAUCACAACUAUGGCGCACCCCCUCCCCCAACCCCACCUGCCUCUCCACUUUCCCAGACCAUCAUUCCCCACAUGGAUCUCAACGGCAUGGUUCGUACCUCCCGAUACCACGAACCGACGGAGGACAACUCGGCCGACAGCGACAGCUCCUCAGAGGAAGACGGAGCCGUACCCAGCUGGUGCCGCUGCAGCCCGGCCCCCGACAGCUUGCACGACGCAUGUCAGUGCAGAGAGCUGGACCGGAGGAAAGGGGCAGAACACAAACACAGAAAACCUGAAAAUGUUUCAGCUGGAGAGAGCAGCGCCACAGAGAGUGGCGACGAAGAGGUGUCACCGUCCACCAUCUCCUACACCGCCACCCAGCACACACCCACCAGCAUAAAACUCACCGUCAACCGGGUCAAGAGCAGAAAAUCCAAGAAGAGGAAGAAGAGCACAGAGAAGAUUCGUGGGACACCGAAGGUGAAGAAAGUGAAGGCUUUUCGUGAGGGUUCAAGAAAAUCCAUGAGGAUGAAGAACUCCACGACAGAGGCCAGCGUGCUGGAUGAAAACACAGCAGAGGGCUGGGAGAGCAGGAUCCGCCAGUGGACAGACCAGUAUGAGGAGGCUCAGGCUAACCAGUACAGCGCAGAUAUCCUGACCCUGCUCCAGCUCCAUCGUUCUGCCUCUUCCACGGUCUCCAAGGUAGAGAGCGGCACCACGACUCCACCUUCUUCCACGCAGAUCCACGCGCCACUUGACAGCAUGGACACCAUCAGCCGCACCGAGCUGGCCUGCAACAACACAGUCCUGGGCUCCCAGAUGCAGCUCCAGCUGGGACGAGUAACUCGAGUCCAAAAACACAGGAAGAUCCUGCGAGCAGCCAGAAACUUGGAACCAGACACCCUGAUCAUUGAAUACCGGGGGAAAGUUAUGCUCAGACAGCAGUUUGAAGUCAACGGACACUUUUUCAAAAAACCGUAUCCGUUUGUGCUCUUCUACUCCAAGUUUAACAACGUAGAGAUAUGUGUCGAUGCCAGGACGCUUGGAAACGAUGCCCGCUUCAUCAGGAGAUCCUGCACGCCCAACGCUGAGGUUCGACACAUGAUCGCUGAGGGCAUGAUCCAUCUGUGCAUCUAUGCAAUCAGUCAGAUUACAAAAGACUCUGAGGUCACGAUUGGAUUUGAUUAUGAGUUCAACAACUGUAAUUAUAAAGUGGACUGCGCCUGUCAUAAGGGCAACCAGAACUGCCCUGUGCAGAAACACAACCUGAGUCCCAGGGAGAGCUUGCUGAGUCCCCCCACCCUGGCCCUCCCCUCCCCUCCUGUAGGAGCUGAGACCCGACGGAGAAAAGCUCAGAGGAAGGAGCUGGAAAGUUGUCAGCUCAGCAGCAGCAGCAGCCAUGAGCAGCAGCAGGGCAGCAGUGACGCGGAGGAGAAAACGCAGGACGGCAUUAAAGUGGAGGAAGGAGAGGAAGGAGAUGUAGAAGAAAAUGGGAUCAACAUCUCCAAUAAAAGAACUCCAGGCAGCCUGGACAGGAGGAGGAGAGCUGGAGGAGCUGAACUCAAGGAUGAAGCUGAGGAAGCUUCUGGAAACCCAGCAGAGACCCUCUCUGUACCUGGGGUGGGGGUCAGCACACGGCGAGCCUCCUAUUUCAUGGAGGCGCCACCUGUUGGAGAAAAGUUCCCAUCAUCCACUCUGUCUGCCUUGGCUGCUCCCCCUAAACCUGUGAGACCUACAAAGCCCCGGUCCAAGAGUCGGAUAUCUCGCUACAGGUCCAGCUCGUCCCAGCGUGCACGGCGGCAGCGCCAGGCUCUUGCCCAGCAGGCGGCAGCAGCAGCUGCUGCAGCAGCGAUGGCAGCAGCUCAGGCAUCGGCUGAACAGGGGGCUGCUCAGACUGACGAGGGAUCUCAGGGUCCAUACGGUUCAGAACAUGGAGACUGCAGCUUGGGUGGAGGGGGACAUUUCCUGGACGGAGACAGUCAGGGCCCAAACAGCAUGCACAGAGGAAGCCUGCGCUUCCCCAAGACGAAGAAGUACUUGGUGACGGAGUGGCUGAACGAUAAAACCCCUGGGGGGGAGAAGCUGCCCCAGGAGCUUCCUGUAGAGCGCCCACUACGAAUAACUACUGACCCCACAGUGCUGGCCACCACCCUCAACAUGCUUCCAGGUCUAUCUCACCCCUCACUCAUCUGUACAGCCCCCAGACACUACGUCCGCUUCGGCUCACCCUUUAACCCUGAGAGACACAGGCCCCGCCCACUCCGCAUGGACGGCACCUACGGCUGCUACAAAAAGAGAUGGAUCAAACAGGUGGAGGACGAGAGCUGCUCGGCCAGCAUGGAGGACGGCACGGAGUCUACCUCAUCCCAGCAGAGCACCAGCAGCCGGUCCACCCCCAACCCCCUCUGCAGUGAGGUCAGUGCUCCGUUUAAAAAGCGCCACCACAAGUACCUGACGGAGACCACACCAGCACCUUUGGACCACCUGCUCCGCCCCCUGUCACCGAUCACACCGCCGCUCGCUGAGGACUCCCUUCACCUGCUGCUCCACACCCCUCAUGGCCUCCUGCUGCCCAACGGCUUGGCCUACUCACGGGUGCCCUCGCUGCCCCCCAGCAGCUGCAACAUGCCACUUGAGUUUGAAAACAUCUCGUCUCCUGAGGCGUCUCCUGUGCACCGGCAGGAGUCCAUCUCUCCAGAGGCUGAUUUUGACAACUCCAGGCCUCAGUUCAUGGACCUGUCCCUCCCCUCCAGCAUGGAGAGUCCUGUGGCUGUCGCCUCAGAGGAAUUUUCUCUUCCUGCGGUGGUUUCAGGCCACGACUCCCAAGGCCAGUCAUCUGUGGGGGGGUCAGGUCCAGCUUCAGACUCACAGAACAGAGAGCAGGCCUUCAGGACAGAGUUCAACCUCAUAUACACCUGCUCCCCCCUCAACGCCAACCUUGGGAAUCCUGCAGGCACUGACUGGCGCCCCCCACAGGUGGAUGGAGGGUUUUCUCCAGCAGACUCCUUCCACUGCUCCAACCAGGGCCCUGUUGGAGACCUCGGCUCUGUGUCCCCUUUUGCAGAGCCUCAUUAUGGAGCAGGCUACAUAGACUGCAGCACCCCCCCACACACCAACAACCCUCCUCAGAAAAAAAAGAGGGCGAGCCAGCGCAGCGUUAGUCUGCUCACAGGAAAUCUAGCUGUAAGAAGUGAAAACCUCACCGUACACAAUAUGGUGUCUCUGCUGGAGUAUCGUAAGAGGAAGCAGGGCGGAGUUCGAGACUCGGAGCUAAUGGGAGGAAGCAGCCACGCCCGGCCCGGUUCCUACUACAGCAAGGACUCCCAUCAUUCUCAGAGUCCGGCCUCCCCGCACCACUCUUUCUCCUUCUCAGCUCACACGGCCGCUGUCUCACAGGUAGAGGAGGUGAGUCCCUCAGAGCACCACGGACCAGCUGGGAAACCCAAACAUCAGGAGAACAACAACCAGUGGAUGGUCCCCACCACUGUGGAGCGUCUGAGGGAAGGCCAGAGGGUUCUGGAACGGGUCCUGAGGAACUUUAAGAUGGAGCGGGUCUACAAGAGGAGCGACAGCUCCGCAGAGAGAGAAGCAGAUGCAGAUGGAUACAAGAUUGCAGCAGGGACUGUGGUUUCUUCUUCAAGGAGUCCACUCAGACACAGCCCCCCCGUCUACUCACACCAGUCCACAGACGUCCUCCAGCAGACCGACAGCCCUUCGUCCACCUACAGCCCCACAUCAGGACAGAGUUUCUACUCCCGCCAGUCCUCCUCCAGUCCCACCCCACCAUGUGUCCCAGACUCCAGGCAGCCCGGGGGCUCCGUACACCAGCAAAGCGGCAGCAGCAGCCACCUAAAGACGAGCAGCCUGGGGGGGGGGGCAGCCUCAGGACCGAGGACCCACGGUCAGACUAAAGUAGACCAGGGUGUUCAGCAGGCCUCUAGCCCGGUUCAGGUGGGGCUGGAGGUCGGCUCUAGACUGCAAUGUGCCCCUGGACAUUACCCUCAGCAAGUGGGGGCUCAGUCAGUUCCAGCACGCCCCCCUCCAGGUAGCUGGUGCAAGGACACAGUCAGGAAGCUGUUGGGACCUCCUUCAUGUUGAGUGGGGGGGUCAGGAAACACAUGAUGGGAUGAAGAACUUCAGCUUGUGCAGCGUUUCCUCUUUUCAUUCUUCAGAAACAGUUUCUG